GUAGCUUCCAUUAGCGUCAUGACGUCAUGAUUGCCCUCGCAGCUGCUGAGGGUCCCUUGAUGAGAGUGCAUAAAAAGAUUGGAAAGGCUGCAUUCCCAGCAGGAGACACGCAUGAGAGAGACACGGGCCAUGGUUCAGCUGUUUCCGUCUCCAGCCUCGGACGCCAUGGUGCUCUCGGAGUCGGCGGAAGAAAGGGAUGUCCGACCGGAUGGCAGCUCGAGCGCUGAAUCUCCUCGUGCUCUCUCGGCCUUACAGCUUGCCCUAAACCCCUCAGCCACUGUCUACCAUGGGUAUGAGACCUACAUCGAGGACGGGCUCCUCUGUCUUAGGCACAAGAUCCGCAACAUUGAGAAAAAGAAGCUCAAGCUGGAAGGUUACCAAAUGCGGCUAAAGAAUGGGGAAACGCUGAAUCAAGACCAAAUGGAUGCAAUAGGGAGGUAUGAUGAAGCGGUUCACAACCUGAAGUUUGCCAAAGAGUUGGAGAAGACCCUUUGUUCUCUCACUCAGGAUCUGUUGAAGGCUCAGAGGAAGGCCAUGCGGCGCGAGCAGAUUCAGAGGGCGGAGACCGAGCAGAGGCGUUUGAGCACGAUGCUGCAGGUGCAGUAUAUCCUCUGCACUCUCCAGAGGCACGACCUCAAGAAAAUCUUCAAUGCAUAUGAGCGUGCACGCUACCUGCCAGUGCCGGAAGUGGAUAAGCUGCUAAACCUGGCUUCAUUAUUAGCUUGCAAGAGGGAUCAGAGCAUGAGUUUGGAGGAUCAGAUGGAACGGGCAUCUUUUGUUUACCUGGACCUGUUGAAUGGUAGUGACCAACCAGUUGCUGGCUCGACAUAUAAAUACCUCAAGGAGAAGCUGCUCAGACUAGUGGAUUCUGGUUUAUUCAAUCACAUCCCAGAGCCUAAAAAGGAGGAUGGACAAAAACCCGAUGCUUCAUCAAAAUCAAGUGCCCCAUCUGCGGUGGUCAGUUUAAACUCUGAUAUGGCUUCAAGGCAGUUUUUAAACAGACGCUACACAAUGGAGCGUGACCUCGUGGGACCUGGUCAGGGUGAGGAUCUGAAUGUGCAAUCAAGCUGGAAAGCAGAGUUUUUAGCCCUGAAGGAACAGGAACCACCAGACUCUUGGGAUAUGGAGUUUUCUGAUCCACCGGAGUCCUCCAAAACAGAGUUACAGAAGCCUUGGAAAGAAACCUCAGGGUUCAUCCCCAAAACCACGGUCACUGUGGAGUCUGCUGCUGCUGUCGAGACCAAACCGAAGCAGCAGGGAAAAAAUAAAGGAAACCAGGACUCCAAAUUGGAUGGUGAGGUGAAGAAGGCUGUACCUGUGGAGGUGUUUGACUCUCCAUCCUCUUUGGCUAAAGAUCCUGCCUUGCGCAAACAGCAGCUGGAUCACCUGAUGGGUCAGAUCACUGGCUCCUUCAGCUUUAUUCAGGAUUCCUUUCUGGAUGGAGAAGCCACAUCUGGUAAUGGCCGAACCAGAGGGCUGCACCCGUCUCCUGUCGCCACUCCUCUGGCUCAGAGACAGCUGAAGAAAAUCCCAGCUGACAUCCUGCCUCCGUCUCAGAAUUCGACUCCUCCUCCUCUUCAUACCCAGCAGUGUCCUGGAGAUGCCCCAAGCACACUGGUCAAUGGUGAUCAGAUCUCAAAAACCUCUGACCUGAAGCUUCAUACUGAAGAUGGACCACAUGCAAAGCAAGAGAAGGGCUUCACCCCUCCACCUCUUUACUGCAGAGAGCCCUGUAUCUCCUCUGGACCUUGUGAGGACAAGAGCUCGAAACAGGAAGAAAAGCAGCCACUUUCUAAUGGAGAUGUGCCCCCACCUGUUCUGGCACAGACCUUCUCCACUCCACCCAGCAGACGAUCUCUACCUGUGACCACCACAUCCUUCGGCAGCCUGCACUCUGUGUUCAGUGCGGAGGUUCCUAUGACCAGGAGCUCUGAGCUGAAAUCUGAUGAAGGUGGCUUUUUAGGAUCUGCACGUCUGAGCUACAGUACAGCAAGCACACUGAGCCACUCCACUGCUAGCACACAGACCCCACCUGAGCUCAGCGUGCCACAAGAUGACCUGCAGAUGGAGUGUGCAUACCUAUCAGAAAGUGACAUCAGUGCUACCAGUCACAUUUAUUCAUCUCCUAGUCUGAAUUCUGCCCCUCAGUCUAAUCUGGUCCAGCAUUAUUACCCCCGCAGUACUCUAAGAGGUAUGACGCACAGCGCAAGAGGAUUCUCUCACGCCUCACUCCGCUCAUCUGGGGCUUCCAGAGGUGGCUAUGAGGUGCACAGAGUAAAUUUGCGUACUCAAGGAGGGAGCUUCAGUGCCCAAGCCCAUCGUGAGCCUGGAUCUGUUCUAUACACCUCCCAGGAAAACGGGUAUCAGCCAAGUCAUAAACGUACUGGAGGAACAGCAGCUCGGAGGAACAGCUCAGUUGCAGGUUGGAGCGACUCCUCCCAGGUGAGCAGCCCAGACCGAGAGGGCAGCUAUAUAAUAGACUCAGCUCAUGGAGACUCUCUGGCGAUCACGCCAAUCACUGGCCCACCUCCUUCUCACACCCUGAUGCCUGUGUAUCCGCAACUUCGUGUGGCCUUUUCAGCUGCCCGUGCCACAAACUUGGCACCAGGGACCCUGGACCAGCCCAUUACUUUCGACCUGCUCCACAGCAACCAGGGUGGUGCAUUUGAUGCACCUUCUGGCCACUUUUCCUGUCCGGCAGCAGGCACGUACGUCUUCUUUUUCCAUAUCCUUAAGCUGGCAAUCAGCGUGCCGCUGUACGUCAAUCUGAUGCGCAACGAUGAGGUAGUGGCUUCAGCAUAUGCCAACGACGGUGCACCUGACCAUGAGACGGCCAGCAACCAUGCCGUGAUGCCUCUGCGCGUCGGUGAUCACAUCUGGCUGCGCCUCCACCGUGGUGCUAUCUACGGCAGUAGCUGGAAGUAUAGCACCUUCUCAGGCUUCCUGCUCUAUCCAGAUUGAGUCUUCUCUAAGCGCUCCUGUAUAGGCACAUGCACUGGGAUGCUGAUUUUGGAUCUGUUGGCUUGCCUGCUAAAUUGCACUCAUUGCACUUUUUUUUUCUUUUCUCCCCCUCCCUCAUCCUUAUUGCACACUAGCAUUAAGUAGAUGUGGCAACAUUCAUAUCUGCUUAUUCUGUUUAGUCAGUGGGGAUCUUCCAGCUUGGACAUGCUUGGUUGAGAUGCUGACUGUUUUUUGGAGCCAUAUAUGUGAAGCCGUGUGUGAGAAUUGUGCCUUUUUCUUUCUGGUUACUGAGCACUUGAAUCGCUUGUAUGAAUGUAGAUUAUCUAAAUACUUGACACGAGCACUUUAAAAGGCGGCAGCAGCAGCACUGUGACUGUGGGUGACUUACAAUAAUGCUGAUUGCCAGUCAGGCAAACAAACCAAAUGGUCCCUCUUUGUGCCUGAAUAAAAGAUGUGCAGAAUUGCUCC